AUGGUAGACCAACCAACGAAAUCCCUUUUGGAGUACGGUAUUCCUGAUACGACUACCGGAAUCCUUUCUAGCAUCGUAAGACCACCUGUGACGGCUCAGCACUUCGAGCUCAAGCCGCAAUUCAUCCAGUUCAUCUCCAAUGAUUCAUUCGCAGGGCUACCACAUGAUUGCCCAGUAAGUCAUAUUGAUAGCUUUUUGGAGAAAUGUGAUACCAUGAAGAUGAAUGGUGUUACAGACGAUGCUCUUAGACUUCGCCUUUUUCCUUUUUCAUUACGGGAUAGGGCAAAGGAAUGGCUGAGAGAUGAAGGUUCUGGCUCAUUUGACACAUGGGACAAAUUGGUGAAGGCUUUCCUAGCUAAGUUCUUGGGACAGGAAAAGACUGCAAGGUUGAGAAACGAGUUAUCCACUUUCAGGCAGUCAGAUGAUGAGUCCCUAUAUGACGCAUGGAGGAGAUUCAAGCGUUUGCAGAGACAAUGCCCUCACCAUGGUAUUCCUGAAUGGAUGUUGAUCCAAACUUUCUACAAUGGUCUAACUCAUGAGUUCCGAAUCUACAUUGAUGCUGCAUCUGGGGGCUCUCUCUUGACAAAGAACCCCACUGAAGCAAAGGAGCUUAUAGAGAAGAUGGCAGCCAACGAUAAUUAUCAUCCAGGAGGCCGAAACACUGUGAAAAAGGGAGGUAAGCUUGAUGUAGAUGCUUUGACUAUGCUAACCAGUUUUGUGCAAGCACUAACAAGCAGGUUUGAUAAGUUCCAAGCGGGAGCUUCUACUAGCCCACAGGAGUUGUGUCAAUUGUGUAAUGUGCAGGGUCAUAUUGCACCAGACUGUCCGCAGAUUUUGCAGAAUACAGAGGAUAUGUCAAUCGAGCAGGCCAAUGCUUUCUACUCCUCUAACCCCAAAAGGCCUUACGACCCCUAUUCCAACACCUAUAAUGAAGGAUGGAAGAACCACCCCAACUUCUCAUACAAGAAAACCCAAGCACAGCAAAAUCCACCACCUAUGAGCCAACAACCAACGCAACUACUUCCCCAAAAAUCUAGCCUUGAGUUGAUGAUGGAGAGCUUCAUUACCACAACCAAUAGUGCCAUCCAACAACAAGGUAGCUCCAUCCAACAGUUGCAAGCCCAGAGUAAGCUCAUGGAAACCCAAAUAAGUCAACUGUCACAACAGGUGAGUCGCCUAUCAACUCUUCACGAUCAAGCGAAGGUCCAAAAAGAGCAAUGUAAUGCUGUUUUCUUAAGAAGAGACGAACCAUCUCCGAAGCAAUUAGAUGGGAAGGUGUGCAGUGUGGAGUCUAGAAAAGAUAAAAAGGUCGAAGAUGUUCAAGGUGCCAAAUAUGUUGCUCCACCGGCUUAUGAAGAACCAAUGCCUUUCCCGCAACGAUUGUCAAAAGCCGUGCUCGAUAGACAUUUUGGCAAAUAUUGCGAAGCCCUUAAGAAGGUACAUGCUUCUACUCCCUUUUCUGAUCUUUUAAUUCAAAUGCCUCAGUUUGCAAAUUUUGUGAAGAAUAUUAAAGAUCAACACGAGGAUAAGGAAGUAGCACAUAAGAAGGGCCCUACUCUCUUAUAUGAUAACCUACCCCCUAAGUUGCAUGAUCCUGGUAGUUUCACUAUUCCUUGCACGAUAAGCGAGAAAUUUUUCGACAGGGUUUUUUGCGAUUUAGGUGCUAGUGUUAACCUAAUGCCCUAUUCAUUAUAUGAGAGUUUAGGCUUGCAAGGACUUAAACCUUCCCCUAUUUCUCUUUAA